AUGGCGGCACCCGGCCACGAGCGGGAAGUUCCACAGCGGGUCCCAACCGCCACCAUGGCGGCUCCGGAGGCUCUGAGCCGCGAGGAGCUGGUGCAGCGGGUCCGGGAGCUGGAGCGGGAGGUGGAGAGGCUCCGCGGUGGGGCUCAGUGUCCCCCUGGUGGAGAUGGGCCGUGUCCUCCUGGUGGAGCUGGUCUCCAGGGUCCCCCUGGUGGAGCUGGUCUCCAGUGUCCCCCUGGUGGAGAUGGUCUCCAGUGUCCCCCUGGUGGAGAUGGUCUCCAGUGUCCUCCUGGUGGAGCUGGGCUGCUGUGUCCUCCUGAUGGAGCUGGGCUCCAGUGUCCUCCUGGUGGAGCUGGGCUCCAGUGUCCCCCUGGUGGAGCUGGGCUGUGUCCCCCUGGUGCAGCUCGGCCCCAGCGCAGAGGGAAGUCUCGCCAGCGCCGGCCCUUUGACUUCUCUGCCCACGGCCGGAGACACGUGGCCCUGAGGCUGUGUUACCUGGGCUGGGAGUAUCAGGGGUUCGCGGCCCAGGACAACACCAGCAACACCGUGGAGGACAAGCUGUUCGAGGCCCUGAGCAAGACCCGGCUCGUGGAGAACAGGCACUCGGCCUCUUACCAUCGCAGCGGCCGCACCGACAAGGGAGUCAGCGCCUUCGGGCAGGUAAUCUCCCUAGAUCUGCGUUCGAACCUCUCUCGGGGACUGGGGGUGAAACCCAGCAACAGAGACACCGACAGAGACACAGACAGAAUCAGAGACACAGACGGAGUCAUAGACACAGUCAUAGAAUCAGACAGAGUGAGAGACACCGAGGCAAACCCAGACGAAGCCGCGGAACAGGACGAAAUCCGCUACGUCCACAUCCUAAACCGGGUCCUUCCCCCCGACAUCCGGGUCCUGGCCUGGGCCCCCGUCCGCCCCGAGUUCAGCGCCCGCUUUAGCUGCCUGCACCGCACCUACCGCUACCUGUUCCCCCGAGCCGGGCUGGACGUGGGGGCCAUGGGCCGGGCGGCCGAGGGCUACAGGGGGACGCACGACUUCCGGAACCUCUGCAAGAUGGACGUGGCCAACGGGGUGGUCAACUUCGUCCGCACGGUGCUGGCCUCGGAGGUCAGGCCGGCCAACAGCGACGGCAACAGCCUGGGCAGCGGGUACCAGCUGUGGGAGUUCCGGGUGCGAGGCCAGGCUUUCCUGUACCACCAGGUGCGCUGCAUGAUGGCGGUGCUGCUGCUGGUCGGUCGGGGCCUCGAGACGCCUCAGGUCGUCGAGCGCUUGUUAGACGUGGAGACCAACCCGGAGAAACCGCAGUACAGUAUGGCUGUAGAUUACCCCCUGAUCCUGGAUGAGUGUGCGUACAGUGAGAGAGACGUGCGCUGGGUGGCUGACAGUCAGGCUCUCUCCCUGACGGUCACAGAGCUACAGAGGAUGUGGACGUGUUUCGUUACCAAGUCACAGCUCGUGUUCCGCAUGUUACAGCGCCUGAACCAGACUGUGAGACAGGAGAGAGCAGACGAUGGUGAUGGUGAUGAUGAAGAGAAGCCCCUUCCCUGGUCCCUCGCUCUCCCCUCUCUCUCUGCUCAGGCCUCAGGCCUGACCCAGGGCGUCCAGUCGCGAAGCUACAAGCGCCUGAUGGAUCGUCCACGCUGCGAGGGCCUGGAGUCGCGGAUCAGUCACUACACCAAGCGAGGCCGCAUCAGCCUGAGUGUCCCCCUCGCGGAGCUGAAAUCGUGUCCGCCUCGCGGAGAUAGAACUAUGUCCCCCUGAUGGAGCUGAAAUCAUGUCCCCCCCUCGCGGAGAUAGAAUUGUGUCCCCCUUGUGGAGCUGGAGUUUGUGUCCUCCUGGUGCAGCUGGAGUUUGUGUCCCCCUCGCGGAGCUGGAGUUAGUGGAGCUGGAGAUAGUGUCCCCUCGUGGAGCUGAUGUUAGUGUCCUCCUGAUGGAGGCGCAGCGACUCUGAGCGAGGGAGCAUGGUGGAGCGAAGGAGAGAGGGAACGAGGCGGAGAGAAGGUAGGAGAGAGGCGUAGUGACUGCGCGAGAGAGGGGGGGGAGAGGGCGAGGUGUAGUGACUGCGAGAGAGAGAGUGAUGUAGUGACUGCGAGCGAGAAUGAGAGAGGUGUAGUGACAG